AGUUUUGGGAAUGGGACAUUUGGGAAAGGUGCUAGGGCAUGAAGUGUGCUCAAGGUGUAUUUGUGUUGUUAAAUUCGCUUGAGUGUGCCUACUGGGAUGGCGCAAUUUUCGAAAGACGCGGUUUGGUAUGGUUCGCCCGCGUUAUACUUCAGUCGCGUUUGUGGCUGUUUGCGAUUUGACGUAUUCCGCGCGCGGUGAUGACAUUUGUCAACAUAUUUUAUGAAAUGUCAAACGUAUUACAUGCAUUGCGCGAGUGAAUGGUAAACAAAUUGACAGUGAAAUUGAUAUAAAUGCAGUGAAAUUCCUAACUGGUGACAUGGACUGUUAUUACUCGAAAUAUUAUUCGAGGCGUAAGUGUCAAAUGGAAAGUUUCGACCGGUGAUCAGUUCGCACACGAUGCAUCCCGCUGGAUACUACGCCAACAUUGCGAGCGGCGCGCUCGCAGCCGGCACCAUUGCGUCUCCGUGGAGCGCGGCGGCCGGCGCGCCCGACACCAACGGCUCGGGCGGCGCCGACGCCAAGCAUCUCGACGUGGGCGACGCCAGUGACGAUGAAAAGGACUUGUCCGCUGCGGACGCGGAGGGUGUAUGGAGUCCGGACAUCGAGCAGAGCUUCCAGGAGGCGCUGGCAAUUUACCCGCCAUGCGGCCGCCGCAAAAUCAUCCUCUCCGACGAGGGCAAGAUGUACGGAAGGAACGAGCUCAUAGCGAGAUAUAUUAAACUAAGAACAGGAAAGACCCGCACAAGAAAACAAGUCUCGUCUCACAUACAGGUGCUGGCCAGGCGGAAGCUGCGCGAAAUCCAGGCCAAACUCAAAGUGGACGGUGGGGUGAUGAAAGAGAAGGCAAUGCAGUCUAUGACCACACUGUCAAGCGCACAGAUAGUUGCGGGCUUGCCGCAUCCGGCGUACCACCAUACGCAAUUUUGGCAACCUGGACUGCAAGCCGGUACCUCUCAAGAUGUGAAGCCGUUCCCGGGCGGCGGGUACAAGGGCGUGGGCGGCAUGGGCGUGGGCGUGGGCGGCGCGCCCGACGUGGCGCCGCCGCCGUGGGAGGGCCGCGCCAUCGCCACGCACAAGCUGCGCCUCGUCGAGUUCUCCGCCUUCGUCGAGCACCCGCGGGACGCCGACACGUACCCUCCAAGUACGGCGCCGGCGCAGCACCUAUUCGUCCACAUAGGCGGCACGGUCACGUACGCGGAUCCCUUAUUAGAAUCAGUGGACGUGCAACAGAUAAACGACAAGUUCCCGGAGAAGAAGGGCGGCCUUAAGGAGCUGUACGAGAAGGGCCCAAGGAACGCGUUCUUCCUCGUCAAGUUCUGGGCAGACCUUAACACCAACAACCUGGACGACCCUGGUGCUUUCUACGGAGUCACUAGUGUGUACGAGAGCAACGAGAACAUGACGAUCACGUGCAGCACGAAGGUGUGCUCGUUCGGAAAGCAAGUGGUGGAAAAAGUGGAAACGGAGUACGCGCGGUUCGAAGCCGGACGGUUCGUGUACCGCAUACAGCGCUCGCCCAUGUGCGAGUACAUGGUCAACUUCAUACACAAGCUCAAGCACCUGCCCGAGAAGUACAUGAUGAACAGCGUGCUCGAGAACUUCACCAUACUGCAGGUGGUGUCAAACAGAGAUACUCAAGAGACAUUAUUGUGUGCAGCGUUUGUGUUUGAAGUGUCGAACAGUGAGCACGGCGCACAGCAUCACAUCUACAGGCUCGUCAAAGACUGAACUCUCCCGCGCAUCUCACAGCAUCCUACACUGCGGAACUCGCCGCACUCUGUCGCCCGCCACUCGUCGAACAUUACAAAAAAAACUGUUCGGUACAAGAUUCUAAUUGAAAUUAUUUUUUCCUGUAUAGAAUGAAACUGAGAAAUGUCUCAAGCUGAUCAUUUUGUAUUUGAAUAACAUAUCCAAAAAUAGAACAUAACUGAAAAAAAUAUCCGUCUCCCUAAAAUAUAGACGUGCGUAUUGUUAAUGUUUUUGAAGUACCUUUCAAAUAAGUGAGGAUGUCAUUGGUAAUUUUAACUACAUAUUUCGAUUACAUAAUUUCAAUUUUUUAAUGCAUGUGCAUGGAAGGGGAUAAAUAAAAGGUACGCUUUACGGAGAGCAAUAAUUUCUUGAACAACAAUUUAAUAUAUACUUUUUUCCAAAUCACUACGUGUUUUUUUAUAAGGCUAACUUAUAGCAUACUCAAUUUGAAUCUGGAUAUCUUUGUCAGUUAUGGAAUAAUCAGCUAGUGACAGUUUCCUAUCCUGUAUAUAAUACAAAUUGUAAUAAGUUUCAACAUAGGAAACUUAAUGAAUUUAUUGCGAUUAUCUACUUAAUAAAUAUUAUUAAGAGUCAUGUAUGGUCGUUUCUUUUGAAGAAAAAUUGGCCAUCUAUAAGUGGGACCGUUCAUUAGCGAAAUUCGUAUGUUGGUCCCAUCAUUCUACAACAGGCCCGAUUUUAAACAAAAAGUGGAACGAAAAGGUCGUUGAUACAUUAGUGAUGCGUAGAGAAAAAAAUGUGAUCUGAAUAUUUACGCUACAAGUAUUUUUGUAAAUGGAAAUUUAUGUAUAGCUCAAUUUUUAAAUAAACUGUAUCAUAUAGCGCCAACGGACGUUCGAAGCGAUCUCCGGAAAUAGUGUCUGUGGUUUUAAAAAAAUAAUCAAAAAUCUUUAAUUGAUCACGAUUAAGAAUUUCACAAAUAAUCACCUUACAUUAAAAUUGCGUGUAAAAUAUAAGAAAUUUAUAGAUUUCAAUACACACAGUGCCUCUAUAAUUAUGUUACAUUAACAUAAAUUACUUGAGCAUUUUUAAUCUUCCCACUGCAUUUCUGGUGUCUGUAAAAUAAACUCAGCAGUGGGGAGGUUAAAAUUUAGGAUACUGCGAAUCAACACAUAGUUUGGAUAAGUAUAGAUUUAUUAAGACGUCUAGAAAUCUAUCGGGCUUUCGUUUAGUGCUCUCGAUACAAUUUCAUCGCUUUUCGUUACUUUUGUUAGGUAUUGUUUUAAAUGACCUCGAAUUCAUAUUGAUUUUGUUUUUGGUUUCUAGCGACGUAAUGUGGCAGCUUAUUAUUUAGUCUUCUUUAUUACUGUAUUUUCAAUCUUGUUACUUAUCUUUUAAGAUGUAGAAUGUCUUUCUAUCUCUGCCACAUGUCUUUGCCACUCGGUUAAACAAAACAUUGUACAUACAGUUAGGUUGUUGAGGUUGUUAUGGGUGUAAAAAUUGUAUUAUAAAAAGUAUUGAUAAAUAUAUGUCAGCUCGCAAUUUACUUUACAAAUGCUAUAAAAAUUAUCAGGAGAUAUUUUGUAAGGCGAGGCUCUAAGAAUCAUGUCGCUGAUUUGUAUUUUACAUUGAAUUUAUUUAAGGCUUAUUUAUAAUUUAUCAUGUCAUGCCACUGAACAUGAUUUCGAGAGCUUUCAGCGUUUUUAUUGCAAUAAAUAUGUGAAAUUCUUUACGAGUUAUAGUAUAUUAUGUUUUAUGAGAUUUGUCACGCUAUAUCAAGUUUUGGGUUCUAUGCAUAUUUUAAAUUAACACAUUAUCUGUGCAGCUAUUGGUCACUAAAAUUAGAAAUAUAAAGGUCAUGUAAUUUACAGAUCAUUAAGUCUGAAACGCUAUUGGAAUUGGCGAUUUUCUAAAUUCUUAUCAGGGGGUACUUUUUAUAUUUUCUUAUCUGACACUUUCCUAUUUUUUUAGAUGCAUUUUUUUUAUAAUGUCGUAAGUUUAAAAAGUGAAAUAUAGAAUAGAACAUUUUUAUUUAAUUAACAGUGUAAUUUCAUUGGUUUUUAUUUUUAUUUCGUCAUUUCCAAUGUAAAUCUAAUAAGCCAAUAAUAUUUUCAAAGAAUCCCCGAAUUAGGUCUCUUCUGCUUUCUUUCAACUUUCGAAGUACAAAGAGUGACGGCCUGCUGGUUAUACAUAAGUUUUUUUUUUACGUGGCAAUGAUUUGAUCUCUCUUUUAGUCAAAUAUUUUUAGGGUCCCUCCCGUUUAAGUUUACAGCGGUAACCUUACGUGCAUUAAAUAGUUUAGUUUUGAAGACAUGCGAUAGCAAAAUAUUAUCUUAGAUAAUAAUAAGAGAUUUUUUUUGUAUUUAUUUCAUAGAUUUAUAUUAGAUAAAUUGUAAAGUGAAUAGAUUUAAGUUUUUUUUUUAAUAUGGCGAUGGUCGUUCAGCAAAAUCGUAGGUAAUUUCAAAUAACUAGUACUUAAGCGAAAUAAACUUAAUUUUUGUUGCAAUAAUUAAAAAAAUGUUUACGUUUUUUUUCUUUAAUUCUGUCGUUACUUGUCGAACGCUUAAAAUAAAAUAAACUGGAAAGGAGCGAAAGAGAUCUGCUUCAUUGUGAUUUUUAUAUAUUUUUUUAAUGUUAAAUUAAUGUACUCAAAAUGAGAUUAACCCGACUUUAUUCGAUUUGUUGUAAUUUACACGACUGUUCUCCGAUGAUAACGUUCAAUGGCCGGGGUCCACAUUGUAUCGUGUUAUAGAAGAUACUAUUAGUGCAUUUGUUUCAAUUGUAGGUUCGUAAGUAUAUUUUGCUUCUACAAACGGUCUUUCAUAUCGACAAUCUGCCAUAUCAAUAUGAAAAUAAAACAGAUUUAGUCGACGGCGUUGGAGACAGUCAUUUGCUUACGUUUAGUUGUUUUGAUCAAUUCCUUUAACACUUAUCUCGCUCUACGUUAAGUUGUAUGACGUGUUGAGAGACGUAUAAAUUUAAAGCAAAUGAUUACCUACAACGCCAGCCGACAUAUGUACAGUAUUUUAAAGAUAAUAUUACGUUAAAGAUUUGUAUGAAAAUUUAAUUAUAUUGUCUUCAU